UUACCUGUUUCGCUCCCCGGGUGCUCCCCGGCGUGUGGCGCACCUGAGUGACGACACACCCGGGACCCCGCCCGGCGCGCGUCACUUCCGGGACGCUUCCUCGCGGGGCCUUGUGGGUAGCCGGCCGGGGUCUCCUGGCGACGACGAUGGCGGGGGAUGUGGCGGGCCGCGGCUGCGCGGAUUCGGAGCUCCUGCUGCACCCGGAGCUGCUGUCCCAGGAGUUCCUUCUCCUCACCCUGGAGCAGAAGAACAUAGCUGUUGAAAAUGACGUGAGAGUAAACAAAGACAGCCUUACUGAUCUUUACGUUCAGCACGCGAUACCACUGCCUCGGAGAGAUCUGCCAAAGAACAGAUGGGGGAAAAUGAUGGAAAAGAAAAGGGAACAACAUGAGACAAAAAAUGAGACUAAAAGUUUCAGGAGUGGCACCGUCGAUGGUCUACGAAAGAGAGCCCUUGUCAUGCUUGAGGGAAGCUCCACGAGCGCGAGCAUCAAGGUGAGGAGGACGGAGGACACGGACAGCGGCCGGCCCAGGCCCCCGCCACCGGCACGCGCCCCCAGCAGUGCCUUUCGGAAAUUGUCAGAUUCCUCUGCAAGUGUUUCACCCCUAAUUUUGUCUUCCAAUUUGCCUACGAACAAUAAGAUGGAACACAAUAAUAAUGACACUAAGCAGAACCAUGACUUAACGCAUAGGAAAAGCCCUCCGGGGCCCGUGAAGUCGCCACCUUUGUCGCCCGUUGGAACGACCCCGGUGAAGUUAAAGCGAGCAGCUGCCCCUCGGGAGGAUGCCGAGGCCGCGAAUAGCCUGAAGCCCCCAGAAGCAAAGAGGAAGAUACAGCACGUUACGUGGCCGUGAGCGGAAGUUUCCAAAAAUGUAAAUAUAACUGUAACUGUAGUUUUUCACACAAGUUCACAUAUAUUGACAGUAUUUACAGAGAUCUUGAUUAUUGUGGAAUUUUCUUAAGAGGUUUAAAUUAGGUUCAAAAAAUAAAGUCCUUUCCUUUCUCUUUCUCCCUCCCUUCCUUCCUUUAAAAGAAAAAAUUCUUGCCUUUCAUGCCUUGAUUAGGAAAAAAUUUCUUUUUAAACAAUCAGUUUAGUAGAAAUCAUUUAUUUGACUCCAGUCUAAUAAUUAGCUGCUAGUCUGGUAUAAAGCAUUCAGUGAAUUCUAGGAAUUAUUUUCAUUAGUCUGUUUUGGUCUUUGGGGAAAUUUGAGAUUUUUUUAAAAAUCAAAUCUUUUAGAAGCUUUCUUUCGUUUCCCAUGCAAAAGAAAUAAGAGUUCAUCGCAAUAUUUUAAUAAAUCCUGCCAAGCCCAUCCUCGAGGCUCACCACAGGAAGCGUGCUUGUAGUGCUGCCAGUCGCCCAGGCAGGACAGGCAGGCAGCGCUGCUGUCCUCGAAGUGCUCCCGUCCUUCUUUCCAGAAAAAUCCAAAGGGGUCAUCAGUGCCUGCCAUUGCUCCUUCUGUCCAGUCAUAACAGAGGUGGCUUGUUGAGAGUAGACCGGCCCCCACACGGUCCUGCCCUGCCCGCGCCCCCUGCGCGUCUGGGAGCUCCCUCAGCUCCUGGAAGCGUAACCUUUUCAGAGUGAAGCUGUCCUUAAAGUCUCCAGGUGAAGCAGUCACGUUAGAGGUGGUCCCUGAUGGCAGGGAGGUCACAGCAGAGGAACGGGGGUAGAAUUCUGGGACGGGAGAGUCCAGGAAUCCUGGCGGGGAGGGGACUCGGCGAAGAGGGGGUGCUGAGUCAGAUCCCCGCGGCCAGACGGGCUUCCGGCACUGUCACACGAGGAGGUGUCGUUUGUGUCAUGUGCCGUCACCCCCUUGGGCAGUGAGAGUCGGGAGAGUAGGGUCUUCGUGUUCACGGGUUCCGUGCCCACCUUUCUGCCGGUGUUUGUAACCAAGGGCGGGGGCAGCGUGCACGCCUCCCUGUGUGGUUGCUCUUCUCGUUGGGGUCUGGCUUCUCGGUACUUUUUACAGCAAUUCAUGCCUUUGAUUUGUUAAAACAAGCUUCUUGGUUCAGCUAUUGAAUAGCCUUACAAAAAGUUAAUUCAGCCUUGCAGGUAAGUACUGUACUAAAACUUUAACCCUGCAGUUUUUAGCUUUUCUGCCUUUAUCCAGACUGUAAAUCUGUACACCUAAGACAAAACUGACAGGCGCUAAGGCUGUGUAAACUGUUCAUGUGAUGGUGAAGUGGUAAACGUGUGGCUGUCUGCGGGGCUGGCGUUUGUAACGUUUUUGAAGGACAGCCGUCAUCCUGUACAUACUGUGCACUGAAGAAGGUUGUAAAAGCGCAGGUUUUAGGGCAGAAUGCCGAAUUGUAUUUUCUGUUCAGUUUUCUCUUCCAUCUGCAUUUCUCUCUUAGUUGAGAGAGUUAGCCAUUUGACGGUUUUAAGUCAGUGGAAAAUUAUUUUUAGUUACUCAGUGAAAUUAAUUUUUAAUUUGCGUAUUUAACUUACAGAGUAGGUUGGUAAUAACAGCUGUACUGUGUAACCUCGUUGCUUCAAAUUGAAGUUUAUCCUAUGAACACUCAGUCAGUGCUCAUGCAGCGCCUUCCCGAGCUAUUCUGAGUGGGAAAAGCCUGUGUCGAGUGCUGUGUCACGAACUCCAGCGCCCGGGCACCGACCCGCCAGGGGCGUGGACACGGCUCCGCAGACGGUGGCAUCUCGCGUGUCGCUUUGCAGGCUUUAGAUUCCAGGCCUCGACCUGAGCAGCAAACACCCGGACGGCUCCUCGCCUGCUGAUGUGGGCAGAUCUGGUUGCUUGGACUCUCUUGGGGGCAGAGCGCGGGGGGCCAUCGAGUCCCUUCCUCCCGUGGCCCGUGCUCUCCUUCCUCCCUGCCGCUCCCUCUUGUCCCCGGUUCCCCCUUUUCCUAUCCCCUUUCCUGUGGUCUCACUCUCUGCUCCCCUCCUUCCUCCACUGUCUGCUCUGCAGACCCUCAGCCCCAGGCCUAGGUUUGCAGAUUGUAAUCCUUGGCCCGCUGGUUCCCUGGGGCUGGAGCCAGAACCACAGACGCGGCGGGUCUGCAGAAGCCCCGUAGCACCAGGGCGCUGGCCUGCCCCCGGGCUGUGCAGCGCCGCGCCUUCCCGGGCGGCCUGCUGCUCCGGGUGGCUGCCGGCACUGGGCAAGGCUGGUUCCCACGACUAGAAGCCCAUCACGUUUCUGCUAGUAUUAAAGUUCUUCACAGCUGUAAUCAUUGCUCGCAGCAGUGUUCUGGUUGACUUCAGUUUUGAGGGAUGAUUCUGAAACUGAUCUAGAGACUCAUUCAAUAGCAACGACCUUUUAAAAACUUACAUUAAGUAAAACUGCCAGUAGAUUAAGUCAUAUGUGUGUCAGAGCUUCCUCUGCGUACUGCUGUGGAACUUCAUCAUUUUUAGAGGCUCCAAAAUGGUCAAUGUUUUCAAGUGUGCUCUUUUAUUAAAUGCUUGUGCAAGUUUUGUAACUCGGUACAGAAA